CUUGAACAGUAUCAACAAACGAUCAAUCAUAGGAUGACAGAUUCACCAAACAGGUUGAAGCCACUGUCACCAGUGUUAUCUUCUUCUUCAGGCUCAAGCAAUGCUCCAUCUCCAAUAGUGGCAUUGACACCGAUUAGUGCAUCACAACAGGCACAUAGGAGCAUGCCUACAAAGUCAAUGACACAAUCACCAACCACAACAUCGUCAUCGUCGACUACCAGCACCACAUCGACCAGCAGCACAACAUCUGGCACUCGAUCGCCCAUGAGCCGUGGCUCAAUGAUGAUCAAGAACCCAAUCAAUCCGGCGUCGCCAUCAAUGUCGUCGUCGUCAUCAUCGAUUGGCACGAUGGCCAUGCCCUCGCCAUCAUUCACCAGCAGCAACUCGAAUACAGCAUCCAAGAAGAACAUCGAGUACAUCUUGCUGGCAGAGUUUGACAUUGAUGUUGGUAGCAAGGUCAAGUACCAGUAUCCCAGUCCCACCGGUGAGGAUGAGUCACUACUCGCCGAGUUCAUGUUGCCCGACGGUUCACACAAGCGUGACGACGAUUGGACCGUCUUCUUCCUCAAUCGUCCCGACCCCGAUGGACAUCUAUCCAAGAGCAAAGCCAAGCCCAAGCCACCUCCCGCCGAGAAAACCAUAUGGAUGGUGAAGGAGUUGGCAGAGGAGACUGCAGCAGGUGGUCCACCACCAAAGAAGAAUGAUUCAGCACCAGAGUUACGUAACAGUGUAAACGUGACCAAUAUGAACAACAGUAAUAAUAACAUCAGCAGCGGAAACAACAACAACAAUAGUAGUAGUAAUAGCAUAAGCACGACCAGUAACAACACCGACGAUUCAAAGAACAACAACAAACAGUUCUUGUAUUGCCUCAACUUUAUGAACAACCAGAAGGAUGACUCAGUGCGCAGAGGCGCCAUUGUCAAGUCGCUGGCCAUCUGUACAACACAUCCAUUUAUACAUAUAUAUAAGCCUUUCAUGAUACUUGGCAUCCAGAAAUACUUCUCUUCGCCAUCGCUUGAUGUGAUCGUCGACUUGUACAACUCAUUGAAUGGCUUGGAUAUGUCAACCAUCCCAUACCUAAAUGAUGUCCAGAAGCACAUCCUAAGGUCGUCGCCAGACAAGAACAAGCAGAAUCACUCGGCCAACAUUGCAUAUCUAGGGAAGCAAAUGCCUGUCUAUAUACCCAUCACCUUCUUCCCUGAUGAGGUUGGAGAUUAUAAAGUUAUUACAUUGGUCCAGAAGUUUGGCAAUGAUAUCAUGAAGAUAUUCAAUGGUAUACUGUCUCAGAAGAGGAUACUGUUCUUGGGAUAUGGAUGCAGCGCUGGAGAGGUGUGCAACUAUGUGUUGGCAGCCUGCAGCAUGGUCUGUCCGCCACUCAAGGGUAUCCGCGAGCGUACAUUCCCCUACACCAACCUUGUCUAUCUGGACUUCCUCUCGGUACCCGGCUAUAUUACCGGUGUGACCAAUCCAAUGUUUGAGGAGCAUCCCGAAUGGUGGGACAUACUGUGCAACAUUGGCACGGGCAAGGUGGUCAUGAACGCGUCGUUGGUCAGCGAGGUGCCCGACAAGUUUGCUCAGUACGACAAUGACUUUAUGGCCGAGGUCAACUACAACAUCUCCACUCACUAUGGCGAGGACAAGAUCAAGAGCUUGUUCCAGGAGUACACACAACACAUCGUGGACAUGGCGCUGGACGAGGAGGAGUUCCUCGACGACCAGACACGCGCCCUCGCCCUCGAGGCCAACCAGGCCAGGAUUGACUCGUGGACACGCACCAAGACCUACACGACCUACCUGCAGGACCGCGAGAACUCCAAGAAGAACAGCGCCAUCCGCGAUCACACCAUCCAGCAGUCGAUCAAGAAGCUGCGCAAGAAGAAGCACGUCACCGAGAAGGAGGUGCUCAAGAUCUACGACUCAUUCCUCAACUCGAUCAAGACGGAGCAGCAGGUGACCGAGUUCCUCAGCUACCUGCCCAAGUCACACGGUGGCCUGUUCCCAGUGGCCGUCGGUCUCUUCCACCAGUCCAAAGAGGUGCGCAAUGCCACCACCGAGCUACUGAAGCGUCUCGACAAGAUACAGACUGGCAGUGGAUUCAUCGCCGGUCUCAAUCCAUUCCUCAAGCAAUGCUACGAGAGAAAUCUGAAAUACCUUAACUCA